AUGUUUGAGCCUCAGUGGCAGGAGCUUUCGCGAAAGCGCCAAAGAGAGGAGGAGGAGGGUGAAGGUCAGGUCAACAUAGGCGAUGCCAUGAAUGGAACCCUAGGCUUCACUGAACAUCGCAAUAAACGUCUUCAGUCUCUUCCUCUGCGCACAUCGCCGACCCAGAAGCAAUGGGCAGGAGCCCCGGAUUUCCCAGUUGCGACAUCAGCAACAACUCCUCCCGCUUCUAUCAGCCCGACCGAUUCUGACUCCGAGGAUGCGCAAUAUCGGCAGCAGGCAAAUUUGUCGAUGGACGUAGAUAGAGAUAUGGAUAUGAUGGUCGAUUCAUCCGAACGUUAUCAGACCGGCCCAUCCCACACAGACUUCGUCGACCCAAGCAUUGCCGGACGAAUGCCUACGCCUAUACAUUGCACCUUUGCCGCGCAAGUAAGGGGGAACAACUGGGGUCCUAUGAAUCAGACGAUGCAUACGGCGAACGGGUCGAUUGAUGCUGCGGCGACAGAAGCCCAGCCAUUCCCCACGUGUCACGACGAAUCCUCGGUGCCCAGGUCAUUGGGAGGUUCUGCCGAAUGGUCUAUGGUGCAAAACCGGCGUCUUCCGUCCCCUAUUAGUGAAAGUGGCGGCGAAGAGACUCCGACGAGCCCAGGCAUGGUUUUGGACUCUCGACAGCCUCAGCGGCCUUAUUUGCCUCACAUGCCCCAUUCGACCAACCCUCAUGCUAUGCCCAUGCAUCCCAACAUUCAGACUGUUCCUCCAACCACGGAUAACGAUUCUGGUAUGACGGAUGCUGAUCCCGGCUCCUCCCCUUCCUCCGCACCGGCUACGCCAUCGCCAAGAGGAAAAUAUGGCCACUCGCGCAGCAAACACACCCUUAACAACUGGACUCUACAACCAGGCAUGAAGAAGUCAUUCAGUAUAGGUUACCGAGCAGACUGCGAGAAAUGCCGCAUGAAGAUUCCAGGCCACUUCAACCACAUUAUUAUCUCUUAGUAUGGAAGUGAUGGAGGGCCACACUUUUGGUUCAAUGGCAAGAAGGGUGUUUCUGCCAAGGAUAAACAAAUAAUUGCACAAAUACGCCGAAACGGGAAGGACCAAGAUAAGACUACACCCACAGUCUUUAACCCCUCCGACUCGCUGCUGGAUACAUGUGGGAUAAAAUCCAAACAGAAUGCUGGACGGCGUUCGCGCAUGGGGUUCUGAUUCUUCUUUGGAUUGCUGGACUCCCCUCGGCUGAUGCACUAUGUGGAGUGCGGCUUAGGCAGUGAUUAAAGAGAAUCAACCCCCCCUUUUCUUUUCCACGUCACUUUACUACAAUCCUGAGGCAACCGAUAAUUAAUCGGGAUACCCAAGAGCCUUACGGCACAUGAUUUCCUACUAGUUGCAUCCAAAGGCGUUCUCGGGACGCAAACACUACGCUACAUGCUACAGCGUGGCUUUUCUUGUUUCCUACAGUCGCUCGGAUAACAU